AUGAACUGGAUUUUCCAUUUGAUCGCUGCGCUUUCGCUCAGCCUCCAAGCUGUCGCGCUUCCCUCUGAUGACGAAAAAUGGGAUGUCGCGCAGGAAAUUGUCAGACCGACUGUGGUUGUUUUGGUGAACGACGCCGGCCAGACCCUUGAUGUUAGCACCCUUAUUGCAACCGCCACUGCCUCAGCCGAUCCUCCUACCGGCCUCCAACUUUCGUUACUAGCUCCCCAGGAAAUCGAGCCUCUGCCCUACCCUCUAACCACCACAAAAGCACAAGACCGUUUCGGCAUCACCUACUCUCCCUACACCGACGACGGGAGCUGCAAGUCCCAGGAACAAGUCAACCGCGACAUGGACGAGAUGGCUCACCUGUACGGGUUUGUACGGACCUACGGUGUAGACUGUGACCAGACGCGCAAGGUCGUGCAAGCAGCUCGAGAACGAAAGAUGCGUGUCUUCACGGGCAUCUUCGACCUGCAAGACUUCCCAACCAGUCUGAACCAGAUCAUUGACGUCGGAGCAGCAGCCGGAGGUGACUGGUCUACCUUCCACACCAUCAGCAUCGGCAACGAACUCAUCAACAAAGGCCAGAACUCCGUCCCGGAUGUCGUAAAUGCCGUCAACACAGCCCGUCGUGUCCUCCGCGCCGCAGGCUACCAGGGCCCCGUGGUAACAGUCGACACCUUCUCCGUGCUCCUCCAGCAUCCGGAACUCUGUCACGUAUCCGACUACUGCGCCGCAAACUGCCAUGCCUUUUUCAACAGCGACGUGUCCGCUGGCCAUGCAGGUGAUUAUGUCCUCGAUCAGGCGCGCAGGAUCUCCGCCGCUGCUGGCGGGAAACGAACAGUCAUCACCGAGACGGGUUGGCCGCAUCAUGGUUCCCCGAAUGGAAGGGCUAUCCCGUCCCGGAAGAAUCAGUACAUGGCUAUUCGCAUGUUGUCUCGUCGGUUCGGGAAUCGAUUCGACGACCUUAUCUUCCAUUCGGCGUUUGAUGACCUAUGGAAGAAAGAUACCCCGGAUUCUUUUGGAGCAGAAAAGUACUGGGGGUUGAGAAUGAGCUAG